UUGCGAACGCCAUUAUACCAAAGAAGAAGAAGUUACUCUCUUUCGUCAGUGUGGAACGGUGAUUUCAGUGCUGAAAGGGUCUUCAAGCCGCUUCACAUAUGAUCUGAAAUGUUCUAUUACUUCCAAACCAAUGCGUAAAAUAUAAUAUCCUAUUCAUAAAGAGACGUAUUAAGUUGCGCAAUGUACGCAUUUAGCGCAGCCAUGGCGGUCAGGAGAACUCCCAAUAUGUACUCUCGCGGCGACAGCACCUAUCGCGUUCUCAUACAGGGUGGUCUCUAGCUAGCUACAUCAAAAACAAGAGCUGUCAACUUUCAAAAUCAAGUGUCAAGAAUUGUAAUCUGUGGGUCUCACACCAUUUCAUGGACCCAAGAUCCAUAGGUAAGGCUGUACGUUGCAAGAAAAGGAGGCUAUGCCCCCAAUGCAAUGUCUAUACGUUCACAAUGUGAUUUCAACUGAUUUUUGGGGGGGUCAAAUUAACAACUUAUUGUCUUGUUGAAUUUAUUUAACACCAUUCCAAACUUGUUUAGCAUUAUUUUGUCCAAUUGUGGCAGGUUUCCACUAUUUGCAUGUUUGCAUCAGUUCCUUUGGGGGACUUUUAAUUUGAAGGUGAAACACCGAUUCCACUAUUGUUGCUCACUCUGUUGUUCAUGACACACAAGUAGCUAUAAAGCUAUCAUUGCCUUCGCCAUGGCAACGUUAGCUUGCUAGAUACAUUUUAAAGCAGAGAUUCCUAGUACAUAUAUUUUGCAUGGUUUAUCCCUUUAUUAUGGAAUUUGUGAAAAUCACCUUUCACGUGUUGUGCUUCCUCUUUUGGAACCAUCUGUAGCCUUCCAUGUCUGAACCAAAGUCCACAGAGUCCCCAGGUUCUUACUGUGGUGUUCCAGACCAGAGAAGCUCACAGCAGGGUCCAGAGAUGGUCUCAGUGAAGCUGGAAGACUGCAGUCAAACACUGGAACUCAAUGUGAUUGUCAAAGAGGAAGAGGAGAGAGGAAUCGAGGAGGAGAUAGAAGUAAAAGAGGUGGAUCAGAGAGCAGUCAAAGAGGAAAUGGAGAAGAUAGAAGUCAAAGAGGAAGUAGAGAUGCCAGUCAAAGAAGAGCAUGAGAGAACAGUCAAAGAAGAAGAGGAGGAGGAGGAGGAGGAGGAGGAGGAGCAAGCAGUCAAAGAAGAGCAUGAGAGAACAGUCAAAGAAGAGCAUGAGAGAACAGUCAAAGAAGAAGAAGAAGAGGAGGAGGUAGUUAUAAGCAUCAAAGAAGCGGUGGAGAAAAGAUCAGUGAAAGCAGAAGAGAACAAGGAAGGAGCUGCUCAACAUCUAGGAACUAAAGAAGUAGAUAGUAUCAGUGACCCAGGAGAGAUCUCCAACCCAGGUUCAGACAGUGAGCCCAGUUCCACAGCAUCAGGAAACCAUAAACAACACAGAUGGAGGAACUCAGGACAGAAACAUCACCACUGCAUGGACUGCUUCACUAGUUUCUAUGAUCCAGAGGAGUUGAGAAGGCACACUUGUAGGCCCCGCCCCUGCUCAGAUUGCAGAGACAGUGUUAUUUGUCCGAUUCACCUCAAAUCACACCAACAAAGUCUCAAAAGAAAGACAACGUACCCGUGUGGUCAAUGUGGGAAGAGAUUUCAGACACCAAGCAGCUUGAAGACGCACCAGCUUACUCACACAGGAAAGAGAUCGUACCACUGCUUUCAGUGUAGGAAGACUUUCGGUUGGUCAUUCAAUUUGAAGAGACACCAGAAAAUACACACAGGGGAGAAACCUUUCCACUGCUCCCAGUGUGGAAAGAGCUUCAGUCAGACAGGAGACCUAAAGAAACAUCAGAGAAUACACACAGGAGAGAAGCCUUACCACUGCUCUGAGUGUGGGAAGAGCUUCAGUAUAGAAGCAAAUCUAAAGGAGCACCAGAAAAUACAUACAGGAGAGAAGCCUUUCCACUGCUCCCAAUGUGGUAAAAGCUUCAGUCGGUUGAGAGAACUAAAGAAACAUCAGAGAAUACACACAGGGGAAAAGCCAUACAGCUGUGAUCAGUGUGGGAAGAGUUUCAGUCAAACAGGAGUCCUAAAGAGACACCAGCUAACUCAUACAGGAGAAAAGCCUUUCAACUGCUCCCAGUGUGGGAAGGAUUUCAGUCAGUCAUCACUUUUGAAGAGACACCAGUUAACACACACAGGAAAGAAGCCUCACCACUGCUCACAUUGUGGAAAAAGUUUUAAAUUGGAAGGAAGCCUUCAGAGUCACCUGAGAAUACACAAUGGAGAGAAGCCCCACCACUGCUCCCAAUGUGGGAAGGCUUUCAGUCAGGCAGUAGACCUAAAGAAACAUCUGAGAAUACACACAAGGGAGAAGUCUUUCCACUGCUCUCAGUGUGGGAAGACUUUCGGUCGGUCAUUAUUUUUGAAGCGACACCAGAGAAGACACACAGGGGAGAAGCCUUUCCACUGCUCACAAUGUGGGAAGACCUUCAGUGAAAAAGGAAAUCUAAAGCAACACCAGAGAAGACACUCAGGAGAGAAACCGUACAGCUGUGAUCAGUGUGGGAUUUGUUUUAAAUGGAAACAAAGCCUGAAGGAACAUACGGAGGCAAAGCACAGUGCAGUGCCCAACUCUAACCUUAUAAUGGAGUUGCCAAGCUGGGCAUCUACAUAUCUGACUAAUAUUGACUGACUGUUUUUUUGUUAUUCUGUUAAAUCUCUUUUAAAAUAUAUAUUUGAUCUUCUAACACUUUAUUUAGACAACCAAAAACACAGGGGGAGACAGGAAACUGAUAGGGUGGACACAGGAAACUGGUAGGGUGGACACAGGAAACUGGUAGGGUGGACACAGGAAACUGGUAGGGUGGACACAGGAAACUGGUAGGGUGGACACAGGAGACUGGUAGGGUGGACACAGGAGACUGGUAGGGUGGACACAGGAGACUGGUAGGGUGGACACAGGAGACUGGUAGGGUGGACACAGGAAACUGGUAGGGUGGACACAGGAAACUGGUAGGGUGGACACAGGAGACUGGUAGGGUGGACACAGGAGACUGGUAGGGUGGAGACUGGUAGGGUGGACACAGGAAACUGGUAGGGUGGACACAGGAAACUGGUAGGGUGGACACAGGAAACUGGUGGACACAGGAAUUGAAAACCGGUGUCCAGUGGGGAGGACGUGUGACUGGCUGCAGUGUUACCACUAUACAACAGGUUAUUAUUCUGUCACACUUGGAAGUUCAUUUAUAAUAUUCUCAUAUGGAAAUGUACUAAAGAGUUCCAGCACGUGGAUCAUCCAUUCCAUUUCUAUCUGCAUAAAGUCAAUUUACUUUCUGAACUAAACUUCCAUUACCAGCAAGACACACUUCUCUGGAAAAUGUUAUGUGCAUAAUUGAUGCAGUUUCACCAGACUGCACACGUAUCUGCUUAAUGUAACUCUUUCUCUGGGGGAUUUGUGAUGUUUUACUUCCCGUGACUGUGUUUUUAUAUGUGUAUAUUUAUAUUGUAUUAUACAGGGCACAUUGAAAAGAGAGACCUAGGUCUCAAUAUGUCUUCCCAGCUAGAAUAAAGGUAAAUACAUCACUAAUAAUAAUAAUAAUGACCUGAUUUUAAAAAGUAGAGGACGGACAUAAGGGAAGGCUGUUGUCUGUAUUAACCAGUGGUCUACUAUAAUGCAGGGUAUAAUGUAAAGUAAAAAAUAAAAUAAUGACAAGAG